AUGUCCUCGUGCUUGAGCCAAGCCUAUUUUUAUACCCAUCGUGGAAGUGGGGCUGUGUUGAUGCAAGAGAAUAAACUAAUAGCCUAUUUCAGCGAGAAGUUGAAUGGAGCAAAUCUCAAUUAUUCAACCUAUGAAAAAAAGUUGUAUGCCUUGGUGAGAGCACUGGACGUGUGGCAACAUUAUCUCGUACCCAAGGAGUUUGUGAUAUAUACGGAUCAUGAGUCCUUAAAGCACUUGAAGGGACAAAGCAAGUUGAAUAAGAGGCAUGAUGCUUUGUCUAGGAGAGCUUUUAACUCUUUUUAUAAGCAUGAUGGUUACUUGUUUAAGAGUAAAAAAUUAUGUGUGCCUAGAUGCUCUAUGCGUGAUUUGCUUGUGCUUGAAUCUUACUGUGGGAGUUUGAUGGGGCAUUUUGAAGCAAAGUCUAAGUCUAUGCCUCAUGGUCUUUAUAUGCCUUCACCUGUUCUUAGUUCACCUUGGAUGGAUAUUUCUAUGGACUUUGUGCUUGGCUUACGUACGACAAGGCGUGGUAGAGAUAGCAUAUUUAUUGUUGUCGACAGGUUUAGCAAGAUGGCCCACUUCAUUCCUUGCCAUAAAACUGAUGACGCCAUCAAUGUAGCUGACUUGUUCUUUAGGGAAGUGGUUCGACUUCAUGGAGUGCUAAGGACAAUUUUAGUCUAUUUAAAGACAAUUGCAAUACAAUACAAUACACAAUUUCUUCCAUCUAUUUCUCUCUUCCUUUUAUGUCCUACAAGUCUGCCUCAUUCUAAUGGCAGAAACUUGAUUUCUUUCAAUUCUAAUCAGUUUCCAUUGAAACUGUCUGCACAAAAUUAUCCUACAUGGCGAACACAAGUUCUUCCUAUUCUUCGUGGUUAA